AUGGCUCGCGCACUUCCACCUCACACCUGGGAAAACGGGUUCAAGAAGCCCAUUCAAGCAUCUGCAACACCGUGGGUCUGGAAGAACGACGAACAGGAUGAUGAUCCUCACUCAUUCGUCACGCCGCCAUCCAAGGAGCUUCUGACUUCCACGGCACACAACCGGGUCGGAAUCAAUGUCAUUCGAACAUGGCCCACUUUGUUUGACGGGACUAACAACCCCCAUGGAACGCCUGACUGGUGGAAACCGUCAGACGAGGUCGAUGUCCUCAUUGUCGGCGCUGGCCCCAGCGGAUUAGAGGUGGCACUCAGUCUAGCAAGACAAGGAGUCUCGUUCCGCAUCAUCGACAAAGCACCUACCCCCUUGAUCGCCGGACGCGCCGAUGGUGUCCAACCACGCUUUCUGGAGACAGUAGCUACUUGGGGGCUUGCCUCCGAGAUUGCGGAAGAAGGACCACUGAUUGAACGAACAGCCAUCUAUCUUGAUGGCAAGAAGCUACUGUUCAACCGUUCUCAUCAGUGUGAUUCGCGCUAUCGAGGAUUGCAUAUCAUCACGCAGGGUCAGAUCGAACGAAUCUUUAUCCGGGACUUGGCCAGGCACAAGUCCUUGGUCGAGCGAGAACGAAUCCUGUCCAAGUACACGGUAGAGGGCCAAGGUGAAUAUCCGGUCAGAGCUACGGUCAAGAAUGAGCGGACAGGACAGGAGGACAUUGUGCGCGCAAAAUACUUGGUUGGAAGCGAUGGUGCUGCGAGUUCCAUCCGGAAAAGCUUGAGCAUUCCGUUUGAUGGUGUCAGCACAGAUAUUUACUGGGGUAUUAUGGACUGCGUUUUUGAAACUGACUACCCCCACGCCUGGGUAUUCGGGUCGGUAAUCAGUUCCAAGCAUGGAGGCUGUGUUAUUAUCCCAAGAGAAGAUGGGUACAUCAGAUUGUACACCCAGCUGGAUGUUUCGCAGACCGGGCCCAUCGCAGCUGCAAGGCAGCAAAGUGACGCAUCAUUUGCAGAGGCUGGCGGACGCGUCGAGAUUGAGACCGUCACCCCUGAAGAAGUUUUGGAACAAGCCAACAGAAUUUUUGCCCCUUACAAGCUGAAGUUUGCAGCACCACUUAGUUGGUUUGCCAUCUGGAAGAUCUCUGAGCGAGUGGCUCGUUCUUAUUCGUCCCAUGACAACCGAGUCCACCUGGUCGGUGAUGCAGCUCACGUCCAUAGCGUCAUGGGUGCAUUUGGGCUAAAUGCAUCCAUUCUCGAUGCAGCCAACCUCGCAUGGAAGCUGGGUCUCGCCGCCAAAAACCUUGCUGAUCCACAGGCUCUUCUUCCAACAUACAGCCUGGAGCGAAGAGAGCACGCAGUUCGUGUAAUUGAGGUUUCGGGAGCAUACCUUCGCUUUGUCACUGGUUCAGCCAUGCCUGUGCCCAACCUUCGCAAUUUUGACGCGCUCGGAUCAAGCUCCAAGGCAAACGGCCACCAAACCAACGGGCACACCAACGGGCACACCAACGGGCACACCAACGGAGUCAACGGCCACAGCAGUGACGCCAACGGCGACAGCAAGCAAGUCCACCUCCACGUCGAGUCUACUUCUGCGUCAGCAGAUUCUCCUCCACGAACACAAGAAGAUGCCUUGAACUUCCUCGCCAAGUUCUUCCAAGCUCAUGGGCAGUUCCUCCUGGGUGUCGAUUGCCCUUACGCAACAUCUCCCAUUGCUCCCCAAACCGCCCCCCUCCUCUCUUCACCGGCCCCGGUCAAGCUCAACAACGGCGUCAGGGCGCCCAACCCCCGUCUCUGUUUUUCUGAUAACCAGACCGGGUAUCUCUACGACCUGUUCGAGGGACCACCGAAAUUCCACAUCCUGGUCUUCGGUUCCUCAUUUAGGGGAGAGCAGGUCCGCAACAACAUAGCAAAGUUGUCAUCUGUGCUGUCAAGCAAGACUGGUUUCUGGACUCGUUAUGGUGGCCAAGACAGGUUUACCUUGACGGUGGUGGUGAAACGCAUGCCAUUUGAGGCAGGCGAUGACGCUCUGCUUGAUGAUCUUACGCAUAAGCUUGGAGCAAAGGUGGUGUUUGAUGAUAGGCAACCUGACGAAGAUGCGCACACGACAUAUGGGGCUAACCAUACCAAGGGGGGCGUGGUGGUCAUCAGACCUGAUCUGUGGGUUGGGGUGACUGCGUUUCCGCAUGAGCCGGAGAAGAUCGGGGGGUACUUUGAUGGCUUUCUGGUCCCGGUAUAA